AUCCGAAAGUCAUCUCUCCCAAAGAUCAAAGUGAGGAGUGUGAGCUUACUUCAAGGUCAUUUUAUGUGGUUUUCAACUUUCUAAAAGAAGCAUGGGAGCUGAAUUUUCUUCAAUGCAUAAUGCCAAUGGAUCGUCCUUGUCAACGAGGACUUCCAAAGUUCUUGUGUUUCAUUCCUCGGCCAAAUGGAAGGCCCAUUUUGAAGCCUCCAAACAAUCACCAAAACUGAUUGUGAUCGACUUCACAGCUUCAUGGUGUCGCCCUUGUCGGUUCAUGGAACCAGCCAUUGAAGAGUUAGCUGCCAAAUAUACAGAUGUCGAAUUCAUCAAGAUCGACGUGGAUGAGUUAAUGGAUGUGGCACAGGAAUUUGGAGUGCAGGCAAUGCCAACAUUUAUGCUGAUAAAGAAAGGGAAAGGAGUUGAUAAGGUGGUAGGGGCAAAAAAGGAAGAACUCCAGAAUAAGAUUGAGAAGCACAGGGUUUAAGAUUACAGCUGGCAUAUAAUAUAUGCAGUACUAUAUUUGCUGACAUAUUAUAGUGGCUUGGUGAGAGAAGCAGUCGAAGAAAGUUUAAGAAUUUAAAUGAUGAGCACUGACCUUAAUGUAAUAAUAUAUCCAAAUAAGAUUGUAAUAUUGAUAUAAUUCACAUAAGGUGUUAGAGGAAGUUGAUGCUAGCUCAGCAUCAACAUCAAUUUAUUAUGCAUAAAUAUGACCAUGUCUCUUUUCUUUUUUCUUUUUUCUUUUUUCUUUUUUCUUUUUUUUUUUUUUUUCUUUUUUCUAUGAUAUUAGUGUUUACUCUAUUAUUUUUUUGGCCCAAUGGAAAGGCGACAUGUGGCGAGUUCUAAUGAGCUUGCUACAUUGGAUUGGUGUUUUAAAUAUCCAAAAGAGGAACAUAUGAGAUUGAAUUGUUGAUGGGAGAUUGGAUACAAUCUACCAAUAAAGAAGAGGUAUGCGGCAUCGCAAC